AUGCCUGAGACUAUCACCCUUUACACUGCAAAGAUCUGCCCAUAUGCCCAGAGGGCAGAACUGGCCCUCGAGGAGGCCAAGGCAGACUACACCAAGUACCAGAUCGAUCUGCAGAACAAGCCCGAGUGGUACGCCCCCAAGGUGAAUCCCGCGAGCAAGGUCCCCGCGCUCGCCUACGGCGGGCCCGCCGUGCCCGCCGACCAGCCCUCGCCCGAGUCCGUGAAGCUCGCCGAGUCGCUCAUCCUCGUCGAGUUCGUCGCCGACCUUUACCCGCACGCGCACCUCCUCCCGUCCGACCCCGUCCAGAAGGCGCGCGCCCGCUUCUUCAUCGACGUCGUCUCCACCAAGCUCGUCCCCAGCUGGAACACCGUCCUCCGCGCGGGCGCGCCCGACGCGGACCAGGCGUUCCUGAGCGCCGUCGACGCCGUCCAGAGCCUCCUGCCCGCGCAGGGCUACGCCGUCGGCGAGUACAGCAUCGCGGACAUCGCUAUCGCCCCGUUCAUCGCCCGCGCAUACGUCGCGCUCGGGAAUGAGAUCGGCGCGUACGAACCCGGCCAGGGCAAGAAGCUCCUCGAGGCUCUCCAGCAGCCCCGGUUCGCACGCUUCCAGAAGUAUUGGGCGGACCUCCAGGCGAGACCGAGCUUCCAGGCUACGUUUGACAAGGAGUACGUCACUGAGGCGUUCAGGAAGCGCUUUGGCAACAAGCAGUGA